AGUGUUAUUAAAAAUGUCCCGCAAUUCUGAUAAAUUGAAUAUUAUAGAUGAGAACACAUAUAAGAAAUUGCAAAAUCGACAGAAUACCACCAGUGCCAGGCCAUUACGCAGUUCCAAAUAUAAAAACAAGCACAAGAACGAUCGGGAACAAUGUACACUGCUGGAUUUCGUUGUGACACGAACGAAACAGGCGACGAAAAAGAAGCAGCCUCGAUGGCCUAUAAUGAAGAAUCUGAUGGAGCAUCGUGGACUCCUGCCUACUCCCAAACGGAAGGGCAAAACGCGCUUGGUGCCGAAGCCAAAAGUGACGCCCCUAAAACGGAAAAUAAAAAAAUAUAGGAUAUGGAAGCAGACGAAGCGGCAAGAAGUUCAAACUCAGAAUACGGAACAAGAGAAGAUUAGCGAAACAAAUAUUGAACAGCAGCAAUUAAAGCAAGAACUUGUGAUAUUAUCAGAAACACAGCCAUCAACCGCAUUGUUAGUGGAUCAGGUGCAGUAUGGCCUGAAAGAACUAGUAUUGGAUGAAGCUAAGCAACCAAAUGCAACACGGGUAACACCUCACCUUAACCAUUCUCGGCGCUUUAGAAAUUACUGCGACAACUGCACACUGCCUGCUUUGGCAACUCUAACCGAUCAACUGCUCCGUGAUUUAGACAGAUUUCAGAAGCGCGCCUACGGCGCCAAUCCGAUAAAGGCACGUGCUCAUCUACGAUUUGUGGUAGGGUUUCGGCAAGCCAAUUGCCAGCUACGCAUCAACAAAGUUAAGCUGCUCAUUAUAGCCACCGAUUGUGAGACCUGUCCCGGCGAGGGCGGCUUAGAAAACACCAUAAACGAUUUGAAAGCCAAAUGUCAGAGUCAGAAUGUGCCAUACUGUUUUCCGUUUGCACGCCGUCAAUUGGCCUAUACGCUUUUUAAACGUGCUCAGGUCAGCUGCGUGGCCGUUUUGGACUAUGAUGGAGCCAAUGAAACGUUCAAACAACUGCUAGAGGCUAUUGUAGAAGCGCGUACUAAGUAUAAUGAAUUGACAGAAGCGUAACCGUGAGCUUUAAUUUAUUAAAGUUUACACAGAAGUCAGAGCCAAAACAGGGUAUAUAAAAUAAGCGAAUAUUCCUUGUCCUCAAAAAGAUAGGCGCAAUUUAUUGAAUAACCAGAACCACACCCGAAUAAUGAGUAGCAUCAACUAGCGAAGAUCUUCAGAAAUCUAGAGAAAUAUACUAAAAGUGACAGACCUUCUAUUUUUAUACUUUUCUACCGACUUAAAAUCGAAAUUUCAGUCAGCCAGACAGUUAAAAAAAUCUUAUAAGUACGUGCAUAU